CAUAUAUAAAAAAUAUUUUUGUUUCUUAAAAUGGUGUUGGAAACACAAGGUGGAUGAAUAAGGAAAGCUGGUGUGUGUCUUCUGUGCUUUCUUUUCUCUCUUAGCUAAAGAUAGGCUCGAGCCUUUAUUAUUCCUAGCUCCCUUCCUUGGCUCAAAAGAUUUUCCCUUGAUUUUGCCAAUUUGGUGCAUAUCUGCUUCGUUUUGCUUUCUGUGUCUUCAAGUCUUACUUGGAAGGGUCAGAUUUGCUGCAAAUCUCUCCAUUUCCCCAUCAUCAGAAGGUUUAAUUUCUUGGUUUACUCUAUAGCUACUUGCAGAAAGAAGUCAAAAAAGAGAUAAUGGUGAGGGGAAAGACUCAGAUGAAGCGUAUAGAGAAUGCCACAAGCAGGCAAGUAACUUUCUCAAAGCGGCGAAAUGGGUUGCUGAAGAAGGCCUUUGAGCUAUCAGUUCUGUGUGAUGCUGAGGUUGCUCUAAUCAUCUUCUCUCCAAGAGGGAAGCUCUAUGAAUUUGCUAGCUCCAGCAUGCAGGAGUCAAUUGAACGAUACCGCAGGCAUACCAAGCAUGUUAAUCCAACUACAUUCAGAUCAGUUGAACAAAAUAUGCAGCAUCUGAAGCAAGAGGCAGAAAACAUGAUGAAGAAGAUUGACCUUCUUGAAGCUGCAAAACGGAAGUUCUUGGGGGAAGGUUUGGGGGCUUGCUCCAUUGAGGAACUGCAACGGAUAGAACAACAGUUGGAGAGGAGUUUAAGUAAUGUUAGAGCAAGAAAGGUCCAGGUUUUCAAGGAACAAAUUGAACAACUAAAAGAAAAGGAAAAAGCCCUACUAGAUGAAAAUGCCAAGCUCACUGAAAAUGCCAGGCUCUCUGAGAAGCAUGACAUCCAUCUACAGCCAGCAACAAAGAAUCAGAAUGUGAAUCAACCCCAAUGCAAUGCAGAAAGUAGUUCAAGUUCAGAUGUGGAGACCGAAUUGUUCAUUGGACUUCCUGAUACAAGAGCAAGACACAUCUCUCAUCACGUCUAGUAGAAGAUUACUUAUUCCCUGGCUAUGGAAAAUAAAAUAAGGGUACUUGGAAGCAUGAGGAGGGACAAUGUCAUGAAAUUUUCGCACAACAGAAUUAUAAUUACACCUAUUUUAAUAUGUAAUUAUUCGUUUCUACUUUCUCAAUUCCAAUAAAAAAAAAUGCAAGCUCCAAUAUAUUGUAGUGAGAUUUGAAUUGGACUGGUCCCAAAAUUGGCAGGUAAGAUGAUCAGGAGUGUUCAAAACUAAA